AUGGGUGAAACAGCGGAAUUCUUAGUCGAGCAUGACCCUAACUUUCGGAGCAACUUUGGACAUCUGAGUGCCGCCAAAGUGUUGGACGCGUAUGCUGCCACUGCUGUGACGCCUUUCGACCGUACAUUUACGAAAUCUCAUUUCUACAAGAUAUUUUCUAAGAUUCUAGUGGAAGGCCAAUGUCUCUCUAAGCGGGACCUUGAUGUCUUCCUUAAAUACAUGUCUCGCGACACAGGGGCCCUCACUUACGAUGAUAAGACCGUCAAGAUGAGGGGGUGUAGCACUUCACCCCACGAUAAUUGCAUUACAGAAGAAGAUGCGGCCAUCGCCGCGAUAAAGGAAUUGACAGAAGAUAUUCAAUCGCAGAUAGCUGCGAUGGGGAUGCGGGUUGAAGACCUCCGAGCGAAAGCUAAGCAGUGCAUUGCUCGCAGCAACAGAAUAUCCGCAAUGGCCUUGUUGAAGUCCAAAAGACUUACUGAAGACGCGCUUCAAAAACGAUAUGCGACUCUGGCGCAACUUGAAGAGAUAGCACAUAAAAUGCAACAAGCCGUCAACCAAGUCCAGCUUGUCGAUGUUAUGAAAGCCUCGACAGGCGCCUUGCACAUUCUUAACCAGCAGGUCGGCGGUGUGGAGAAGGUAGAACAGGUUGUUAAUAAAUUGAGAGACCAGAUGGACGAGGUUGAUGAGUUGGGUAAUGUUCUUGUCAAUACAGGCUCCGUUGACGAGGCGGAGCUCAACGAUGAACUUGCAAGGCUGGAGGAAGGAUUUCAGUCCGCUUCCGGAGAACAACACCGGGUAGGGACGGCUCAAAGUCUUGACGUGCGGACUAUACUCAAUGAAGCACCAAGCGUGCCAUCGGUCAUCCAGCGGGCCACGGAGAGGAAUUGGAACAAGUCCAAAGGCAGGAGACCCUCCCUGAGGAUGCAAUUUAGCACGCGGGUUUGA